AUGAAGGGCACCGGGCUGGUGGUGGGGCUGGGCCUCCUGCUGGCGGUGGGGCAGGGAGAGAAGACGCUGGAAGCAGGCUCCUGCCGGCCCCGAGCCUCCUGUCGCGACUGCAUCCGCUCCCAGCCCAGCUGUGCCUGGUGCAAAGCGCUGAACUUCACCAAGGCGGGCGAGUCGGAUGCCACGCGCUGCGCCACGCGGGAGGAGCUGCUCCGGCGCGGCUGUGCCCUGGAGGAGGUGGUUGAGCCCCGGGGCCGGCACCAAGUCCUGGAGGACGCGCCCCUGAGCGACAGCGCCGAGCAGGAGACGGUGACCCAGCUGGCACCCCAAAAGAUCGCCCUGUGGCUCCGACCCGGAGAGCAGCACAGCUUCUCGGUGCGGUUCAAGCGGGCCGAGGGCUACCCCGUGGACGUCUACUACCUGAUGGACCUGUCCUACUCCAUGAAGGACGACCUGGAGAACAUCAAGAAGCUCGGCAAUGACCUGCUGGCCGCACUCAGGAACAUCACCAAGUCAGUGAAGAUUGGCUUCGGCUCCUUCGUGGACAAGACGGUCCUGCCCUACGUCAGCACGGUGCCCGCCAAGCUGCGGAACCCCUGCCCCGACCGCUACGAGCAGUGUGACUCGCCCGUCAGCUUCCGCCACGUGCUGCCGCUCACCGACAACGCCAGCGAGUUCGAGAGCCGCGUGAGCCAGCAGCGCAUCUCGGGCAACCUGGACUCGCCUGAGGGCGGCUUCGACGCCAUCAUGCAGGCGGCUGUGUGUGAGGAGCAGAUUGGCUGGCGGAACGUGACACGUCUGCUGGUCUUCACGUCAGAUGAUGUCUUCCACACGGCAGGGGAUGGCAAGCUGGGUGGCAUCUACCUCCCGAAUGACAACCAGUGCCACCUCGACACUGACGGCCUCUACAGCAAGAGCCACAUCUACGAUUACCCCUCGGUCGGGCACUUGGCCCAGGUGCUCUCAGCCUCUAACAUCCAGCCCAUCUUCGCUGUCACUGGCUCCACGCUGCCCGUGUACCAGGAGCUGAGCAGGCUGAUCCCCAAGUCGGUGGUGGGGGAGCUGAAGGAGGAUUCCAGCAACGUGGUGCAGCUCAUCUCUGAUGCCUACAAUAGCCUGUCGUCCACGGUGAACCUGGAGCACUUCCAGCUCCCGCCCGGCGUGAGCGUGGCCUACGAGUCGCACUGCGAGGGCGCCAACCACUCCCUUGGGGGCCACGGGGGGGUCUGCUCCGGCGUCCACAUCAACCAGCUGGUGAGUUUCACGGUGAAGGUGCAGGCCGACGCCUGCCUGGAGGGGCCGCACACCUUCGCGCUGCGGGUGCUGGGCUUCACCGAGGAGGUGCGCGUGGAGCUGCAGACGCUGUGCGACUGCCCCUGUGGCCAGCCUGAGCCCAACGCCACCCACUGCAGCGGGGGCCACGGCACCCUCACCUGCGGGGUCUGCAGCUGCAGCCCUGGCCGCGUGGGCAAGCUGUGUGAGUGCGAGCUGGCGGAGGCCACGGACCUGGAGGCGGGGUGCCGGGGCCGGAACGGCACGGGCCCCACGUGCAGUGGGAAGGGGCAGUGCGUGUGCGGGCAGUGUCAGUGCAACAGCAACGUGCGAGGGCAGCACUGCGAGUGCGACGACACCAGCUGCGAGCGGCACGACGGGCAGCUCUGCGCAGGCCAGGGUCGGUGCCAGUGUGGGAGUUGCCUGUGCGACGAGGGCUACACGGGCGGCGCCUGUGACUGCAGCCUGGACACCCGCGCAUGCCUGCAGGACGGCGUGGAGUGCAGCGGGCACGGGCGCUGCGUCUGCAACAAGUGCCAGUGCCAGCCGGGCUACUUCGACCGGCUCUGCAGCCGGUGCACGAGCUGCCGGACCCCCUGCGAGGAGCACCGGGACUGUGCCGACUGCCAGGCCUUCAGGAUGGGCCCGCUGAGCCAGAACUGCAGCAUCGCCUGCAACCACACCGUGGCCACAGUGGUGCCCGAGGCCACCGUCAACGAGCACUGGUGCAAGGAGAAGACGGACGACGAGCGGAUCCUGAUCUUCCUGAUUGAGGGCAUGGAGGGGGGCAAAGUUGCCCUGAAGGUGAAAGACAAGGACGCUGUCACUGACCAGACCUCCAUGAUCGUGCUGGGCUUGGUCCUGGGCAUCGUGGUCAUCGGGCUGCUGGUCAUCAUCGCCUACCGCAUCUCCGUGGAGAUCCUGGACCGGCGGGAGUACAUGCGCUUCGAGAAGGAGCGGGAGCAGGCCAAGGGGAACGAGGUCAACAACCCACUGUACCAGAGUGCCACCACCACCGUCAUCAACCCCAGGUACAACGAGGACUGA